UGUAGGACGGCGCACAACGAUUGGGAGGCGGGUGGUUGGGAGGGCGGAGAGCUCAGGGUCCUGGUUUUGGGCGGGAAUUGAAACGGCCGCCUCUGCCUGCCAGGAUUAGGAGCUGCAAGCUUCCAGCUUUAAGAGGGACCAUGGUGCGGCCCGUGAGGCAUAAAAAAGCAGUAAAUUAUUCACAGUUUGACAACUCUGACAGCGACGAUGAUUUUGUUUCUACAACCCCACCCUUGAACAAGAAACCCAAAACGACAGCAAAGGAAAAAUCAAACCCUAAAUUGAAGAAUGUCCAGAAAGAAGACAUCCUAUUGCAAAAAGAAAUCCCUAAAAAAAGGAUGGCUUUAGAUGACAAGCUUUACCAGAGAGACUUAGAAGUUGCAUUGGCUCUAUCAGUGAAGCAGCUUCCAACAGUUACCAUUGAUGUGGAAGAAUCUCCAGAUAAAAGCACGGAAAUCACUGAAAUUCGUGGCAGCAGUGAAGCAGAAACAACAAAUAAGUCUCCCCACAUUUCCAACUGCAGUGUAGCCAGUGAUUAUUUAGACUUGGAUAAGAUUACUGAGGAAGAUGAUUUUUGUGGUGUUCAGGGGAAAAGAAAAGCAGCAUCAAAAGCUGUAGUACAGCAGAGGAAGGUUCUUCAAGACUGCAGUGAUGGUGAUAGUGCUGAGGACACUGAACCAGACUUCACAACUGGUGAAGAUUCUGAGGAGGACUCUGACUUUGGAGAAAGUGAUGAUAGUGAUGAAAACUUUACUGUGAGAAAAGGUAAAGCUAAAGAGAUUAAAAAGAAAGAAGUGAAAGUCAAACGCCCUGUUCAAAAGAAAAAGAAAACCAAAUCCAAAGGUGAUAUUUUGGCAACUUCAGCAGACUCUCCUCCAGCUGCCAUCAAAUCAGAACGUCAGCCCUCACCACAAAAGGUGUCUCUUUCUUCAGAGGCCACGAGGAGAUCAUUGCAAAUCUGCAGUCCUUCAGCUGAAAGAAAGAGGCCUAAGUGGGUCCCCCCAGCGGUAUCCAGAAGUAGCAGCAACAGCAGCAGCCCACUGGCACAAGUGCCGGUUAAGUCUCCAAAUCAGAGUCUUCGCCUCGGCUUGUCCAGAUUAGCAAGAGUUAAACCUUUGCAUCCAAAUGUCACUAGUACCUGAGUGCAAGCAGCAAGAUGUUUGAUUCAGAGCUUUAAAAACAUGUUUAAUGUUUAAACUGGGGUUAUAUUUGAGGACGGUGUUGAAAUAUAAUAAUAUGUACUAUAAAUGAUUGCUACCCAGUUUAUAAUGAAGCAAUUUAUAAGAAUUAUCUUGAGAUAUCAUUUCCUUCUGAAGAGCAUUCCUGUUUUCCUGUAUGAAAACAGGAAGUCCAAGUCACAUGCUGUCUCUAUCUGUCUCUGCUUGCUCUCUGGCACCUUAGUUUUAACUGUUUGGAAUUUGUUUGGUAAAAGAUUUCUUCCAGGAGACAUUACUGAAAUUAUUUAAGUCACUUAAGCUACAUUGUGAGUUUUAUUGCAAGUAUGUCUCAUGCUUCAGCCAAAUGUCUCUUUAUUAAGAAUUCAGAAUUAUUUUCCAAACUUAUAAACAAUUGCUAUGUUGUAGUACAUGUGUCCUGUUUAGAAGGUGAUGGUUAUUGUAUAGCAAAUAAAAUUGUGUGACAUUUGAUGAAGUCAUAACUGUCAAAACUUUUUUUUUUUUUUUUUGCCUCCAGGGUUAUUGCUGGGGCUUGGUGCCUGCACUACAAAUCCACUGCUCCUGGUGGCUGUUUUUUCCCAUUUUUGUUGCCCUUGUUAUUAUUGUUAUUUUUGUCACUGCUGCUGUUGUUGGAUAGGACAAAGAGAUAUCAAGAGAGGAGGGGGAGACGGCGGAGGGUUGACACCUACAGACCCUGCUUCAGCACUUGUGAAGCGACCCUCCUGAAGGUGGGGAGCCAGGGGGUUGAGCUGAGAUCCUUACACCAGUCCUUGCACUUCAUGCCAUGUGCUCUUAACCCGCUGUACUACCAUCCGCCCCCUCAAAAAAACUUUUAAUAAAAAUAAAAGUUUGAAUAUGCUUUUUUUCUGAAUAGGAUUAUGUCUGUCUGUUUAUGUCUGUAUUUCAUUAUAAACGUGUUGUAAAUAUAAAGGGUGUUGCUAAAAUAAUCACUUUAUGUUAUGCUAGUACUUUAGAAGAUGGCUGUCCAAGACUUACUCAUUUUUGGUAUGAUACUAGAUACUAUAGCUUUGCAGGAGGCUUAGAUAUGAAUUCAUAUUUAUAAAUACAACCAGUAAUACAUAUUAUAUAUUUAUGGUAAGAGUUUCAACCAACUGCUGAACACUUUCAUGAAAAUUCUUCACACCAUGUUCACCAUUAAAAAUGUAUAAUGCUUAGAUUAAUUGUUGGCUUAUGGAGAUAUCGAUGUUAAUGUGAAUGAAAGUAACCUAGAAUUUUCAUUAAAGUGAGAAUUUGCCUA